CGACAGUCGUUUGCAGGUCACGACGCGCCAGUUUGGAUUUGGCGGCGAUGGCGGCAACGUGGUGUCUGAUGCUGGUGGUGGCGGUCGCCGCUGCCGACAACCGGUACGAGCCAGGCACGACGCCGUCGAUGCAGGCCGUCGUCCUUGGCCUGCCUGUCUGGGCGUGGAUCCUCAUCGGCUGCGCGCUCUUGGCUGGCGCCGGCUAUGGCCUUUGUCGCCACCUCGAAAAGAAGAUGGCAGCCGACGAUGCAGCGCUUCCGGUCGUCUACGUUGAAGCCAAGUCGACUAAGGCCUCGCCGGCCAUCGUGCUUGCCGACGCCGCAUCCAUCGCGCUCGCCAAGCCUGCGCCGCCGCCCCACGUCGUCGUCUAAGCACCCAACACGACUCUAUUUAUGCA